UAGAAAUGCAUACAGCAGGUGAGGCCAUUAAUCUGAGUCUAACAAAAACUCCUCGAAGGAAAUUUAUUUUUUCGAGACUCGUACUUCGUAAGAUGUGACAGUACAUAUCUCAAUUUUAGUGAAGUUUAAAGUUCAUCAAGUCAAUGCUUUCUUUCUACUAUCUGUGUUGAAUAAUCUAUUCUUCAUAAUCUAUUUUUACUGUUUCACAUUUUUUACUUUGACGUUUGACGUGAUCAGUGAUAAUAAUGGCAAGAUGUGUAACAUGGAAAUAUCUUCUUAUAUUAGUAAUGAUACAUUUUGUUACUGCCGAAAGAAUAAAGGAUAUGAUUUAUACAGAACUAGAUGCACUAGCAUCUUGUUUUCGAAGACACAAUGGAACACAUCAGUUUGGUUGCACUUCAAGUAGAUCUGGUAGUGUUGGAGCAAUACAUUUAGUAGAACAUGAAAAUGAUAUCAGAUGGUUAGAGACAAAUGCAACUGCAGGUCCAUAUAUUGCAGUUUUAACAUUUUUUACGUUUACAAAAGAUAAUCUUAUACGUUUGAAAAAUUCUAAUAACAUUAAUGGUAUUCUAUUAAUAAGAAAUGUUAGUGAAAAGUAUCCAGAUUUUUAUUCGCCUGAGGAUACAUGUCCAAAUAGAUAUUCAAGUUAUAAAAAAUGUAAUGAAACAAAUCCAUGGAAUCCUUAUGGAUCAUCCAUUUUAAUGGAAGACUGGCCAUUUCCUAUGUUCUAUAUGGAGAAUAAAACACUUGUAAAAGCUGUAAAGUCUUGCUUUUGGACUUACAAUGCUUAUGAUCUUGAAAAUCAAAGUAAACGAUCUUUGUGUGCAUUGGAAAUGACAUCUUUUAUGUUUUCGGCAGUUAACUCUGAAUCAUGUAUAAAACGCAGUAACUUUUAUUUGAAUAUUAAUCCAACAAUGUUCUGUGAUACACUUGGAGAUAGAAAUAUACAUUGGCCGUUAGCACCACUAAAAAAGGAUUCCAAUUCUGUAAUUAUGGUAACAGCUAGACUAGAUGCAUUUUCUUUGUUUGAUGGAUUUUCUCCUGGAGCUCAAAAUAUAGUAACAGGCCUGGUUACAUUAAUAACUACUGCAACUUAUUUGAAUUAUUUAAAUCCAACUGUAAAUAAAACAAAUGUUGUUUUUAGUCUUCUUAAUGGAGAAGUUUUCGACUAUAUAGGUUCUAGUCGAUUAGUAUAUGAUCUGAAAACGGGUAAUUUCGAUGCACUCGGUGGAGUUAAUUUAAAAUUCGAUGAGAUUGUAAAAGUAAUUGAACUUGGUCAACUAAAUGAAGGAAAUUUAUAUUUGCAUAUUAACAACAAUGAUAAUGAUCAAAUAAUAAGGCAGUUAACUAAAGAUUUACCGGCCAAAGUAUUAAAUGAUAGUGUCCCACCUACAUCUGUACAAAGCUUUCUGAAAACAAAUCCAAAUCUUACUACAGUCGUUAUAGCUAAUCAUCCCAAACAGUUCAUCAAUAAAUAUUAUAACAGCGUUUUAGACAUUGCCGAUGCUUUUAAGUCCGAUAGAUACAUGAACAAUCUUGUACUAAAUUUAACAAAAGUAGCCGUUACUUUGGCAGAGGUUCUAUACUAUAAUGUUACAGGUCAUGAUGUAAGUCGAACUGAAAAUUUAACUUGGGUUGAAGAUCUUAUUUCAGAGAUGUUAUCCUGUUAUUUAGAAAGUGCAAAUUGUAACUUAUUUUAUGCAUCAAACUCUCCAGGAAUAAGAUUACCAAAUAUAAUUUUACCAUUAUAUGUCGGUAUAGACAGGUUGCCUAAUACUAUUACAAUUUUAACUGCUCGACUUUUUUCUUUCUUAACUGGUGAAAACAUAUUAGAUAUAAAUGAAUCUGAAUGUUAUGCUCGUAAUCUUGAAUGGAUUAAUGGAUAUGAUUUAACUGGAGUAUGUUUAAAUUCGACUGUAAAUUAUAGUAUGGCUGCAAGCCCAGCAUUCAUCAUCAAUAAUUAUGAUAUGAAGUCAGGCAUCUACCCAACAUGGACAGAAUCAAUAUGGCAAACGAUAAACCUAAGAAUGUUUUUGAAAGCUUCAGCGGCAACAGAACGUCUUAGUAUGAUUCUUGGAAGUAUAGUAACCAGUGUAUCUUUUCUCUUAGUGUGGUUUAUUAAUGUCAAGGCUGAUAUAUUAUUUAAUUCCAGGCAAACCGCAGAUUGCUAGGAAUAAGCUGUGGACCAGAUAUCAAUGAUCAGGUUGGAUCAUCGAAGAGAUGAUGUUCCCAUAACAAGUUUUUAAACAUACAUGUGCAUUAAUGUGCCCUCGGGCAAUCUUUUUAUCAGUGUCAAAAUUUAAGUCUCACCUCGCUAGAAAGAAACUAUUUAUCUUGGAAUAUUGUAAUAAGUCUAAUGUACAAUACAGUGUUUACAGUAAGAAUGUAUGUAUGAUUUAACGUGAAAUGUUUGAAGAAAUAUUUCACUUCUUUAAGCUAUAAUAUUAAAUUUAGAUUUUCAGAAAAAUUCACAAAGUCAAGUUGAAAAAUUUAAUUCAUAAUAGACUUUUAAUCGAAGCGUUCAUACUUGAAAAAAGAUAUUUUUAUGAAAAUUAUUCAACAUCGUUUGCCAACAAAUUAUAAUAAGUGUCGCUCUUACUUUUAUUGUUAGUCAAUGAACUACUUUGACGAAAGACACUGUCGUGAUAUAUAUCGUUAUAUUUAUAAUGAUAAAGCAUUUUUGUCAUAUCCUGCUUACAGAUUUUUGUUAAUAACUUAAAAACUAAAAAUUAAUCUAUUUACUUAAUUGCACUCAAUAACCAACGUAUUUCUAAUUGAAUGAAUAAUGAAGAUUUCUAAUAAGAUAUAUUUAUUUCUUUUUUAUUUAAUAUAUUUAAUAUUGUAUUACCGUGUAUAAUACUAUAUAUUUUUUAUAGUAAAUUCAUCAAUUACUUUCCUUUAUACAUUUCAUCUGUAUAUUGUAAAUGAAAUUUUGCAUUCUUCUUAUAGCGAGUGCAUAGUUGACGAAAGCCUGUACAAUACCUUUCAUGUAGUACAAUUUAAAUACUUAUAAAAUUCCAAAUUAAAUAGAAUAAUGUAUUCUUUACAUAGAAGAAAAAAAUUAUAGAGACGGUCAUUUUUAUAUAGCAUUGUAUAAGAACGUGUAUACCACAUUUUUGAAACAUCCAAACUGAUUAUACUAAACGAAAAAUUAAGUAUUUCGAUGUAUAACAUUAAAACUGAAUAAAAAUUAACACUCACAUAAUA